AUGACUUCAAGACAUGUAUUGCCCCAUGCCCUUCCGGUUCCUGCUAUCAAAAGACUCUCGAACAAAAAGAUCAUUCUAGCAUCCAACAGCCCCCGAAGAAAGGAAAUAUUUCAAACUUACGGUCUCGCCCCCGAUAUCGUACCUUCAACGUUCCAAGAAAAUCUUGCUCCAAGUUCAUUCGACGAUAUACAUGAAUAUCCCGUAGCAACGGCGACUCAUAAAGCGGUGGAGGUAUACGAGCGGCUGGUGGAGCAAGACCCGGACGAUGCGCCGGACAUAGUGAUUGCAGCCGAUACUGUGGUUCUGACCCAUGCCCAACCUUCAACAUCAGACGUGUCGUACUCCGUGCUACCUGAAACAAAUCAAGAACUGUUGGAAAAACCUUCCUCAAAAGAAGACAACCUACGAAUGUUGUUGGAUCUCAAUGGGGGCGUAUGCGAAGUGGUGACUGGCGUUGCUUUAGUGUAUCCCAUCCUCUCAGCACCGGGAUACGCCAUAAAAUCCAUUGACGAACGCUCGUUGGUGUACUUCGCCGACAAUCCAAAACAUCUUGUGGAAGCCUACACAGAUAGUGGCGAAGGCGUAGACAGAGCCGGCGGAUUUGCCAUCCAAGGACUUGGCGGCCUGUUGAUACGCAAAAUUGAGGGUGAUUAUAACAAUGUUGUCGGAUUUCCAGCUGCAUCUUUCUUCGCACUCUUAGACCUUUUGAUUGAAGAGGAACCUGAUUUUCUAGAUAUGUAA